GGGGCUAUUCAGGAUUUAUCUGGGUGAUCCUUGCUAAGGACCCCCGUCUGAUCUCGAAGAUUGCGGACACAUUCUUGGAUGGGAGAGGAAACGAUUUUCGAUAACGACUAAAACUUGGUGAAAUGUCAGGAGUGCACUUCGUGUCCCGUGAAACUGUGCUUUGUGAAAGGGACAGUGUGGAACGACUUUUCUCUCACAGUCCUCAACAGGCACUUCUGAGGAUCUUGAAUGUAGAAGAUCCCCUAAUGAGGUGAUACGAUAUGAGGACGGAUGACAUCUCUCAUAUCAUAUGAGGCCUGAACCUCCAUUUUCGGUGCGGCGCACAUGACACAUCCCUUUUAUUGCAUACGAAUGCCCGUUCAGUGCACAACUCACUCUCCUUUUGGCUGCUCGAGGUAACUACGGUCGCGAGCUGGUAACCAUAGUUACGAUAGGCCUGAACCUCCAUUUCGAUUGUGGCGCAGGAGACAGGAGUGUUCCCUCCCUCAACAAAGUUGAAGAUGAUCCGCGACAGCUGUUACAAGAAAUUGUUCGAAUGGCCGUCAUAGCGAUUGUGUCUUCAUUUCGACCCUUCUCCAGGACCUUCCGUUAGUUCCCAUGGGUAGACUGGUUUGCCUUUAUCGCUGCUGCUUUUAUCGUCUGCGACCCCCUCAUUCCCCCCGCCCUUCUCACGGACUGCACACAUGCAUACUUUAUUUGAGUGGGGCUUUUCCCACCCCUCCUCAGUAGAGUGAACGAUGAUUGGUUGUCGUUCAUCCAUUGUCGAUGCAGCUGGCGGCAUAUGGUCAGGUACUUCAUCUGCUUAUCAACGGUAGUAGACUCAGCGCUAGUUCCGGUUGGCAUACUUAGUUUGUUUCCACUAGUACUUGCCGGACGUGUCUGAGACAGCUCUUUGUUGACUCACUGUUAAAUCAGAGAAGCACCAUGGUUGCUUUCCCGUUAGACGCCUUCACUGGUGCCGCAUUUGAGACUGCCUUACGCGGAAUCUUGGGCGCAAUAUCAACCAUUGUGCAGAAGGCUACGGUACUUCAGGAGAAGGAUCUUGCAAGUCUGGGAGAUGCAGCCGAGCAGCUGCACUCCCUUGCAGAGCAUGUACAAAGUGCCCUUGGAGAGAAGAUUCUAGGUCAGCAUCCGGUGGUCGUCAGGUUCUUGCAUGAAGUCAAAGGGGUGGAGAGCAGAGUCCGGUCCUUUCUGGACCGACCAAGCACUGGUAUGGGGCUUGGCAUGUACAGGAACAACGCAUUGAUGCCUACUUUGCUCAGUGAAGUGGAGGAAUUGAGACGGAAGCUCCCCACCUGCAGCCUUAAUUUAGCAGUGCUAAGUGAGAAGAGAGUUACGGAUGCGAUACGCAGGCUUGUCUGGCCUAGACCAGGCUCUGGAACAAGGUCUGAAACGGGGUCUGGAACGUGCUUAUUGCGCUGCAUGGAACGACCUUGCUCAAAGAAUACGAGCAGAGUGACUGACGUAUCUUGGGAAAACAGUAUCAGUGAAGCUGGAGAAUCUUCAGGUAGUGGAUUGCCACUGGAUGGAGUGGUUGGGCUUGACGAUCAUUGUGAACGGGUCAUAAAGUUGCUCCUAGAUGAGGACGAUGCUGCUUUGGCGGAAAACAGGCACCUCAGAUCCAUGGAAGGUAAAAGCCGGUGUGCCAUGGGUGGAUGGCCUUUGAUCGGCCUGUGGGGGAUGGGUGGUGUGGGGAAGACCACUCUGGCAACUGCUGUGUUCCAGUCACCGGUGCUGAGGGAACAUUUUGCAGGCGGAAUGUUCUGGGCUCUUAUUGGACGGAGGCCUGAUAUUUGCCGGACACAGAUUGCCCUCUGGAAGAGGCUGAGUGGAGAUGAGAGGCUGGAUUACUCAUACAGGAGCUACACGAAAGAGCUGUGGUACGAGAAGCUAAAGACGGAGCUGAAGAAGAGACGUGUGCUUCUGGUGCUGGAUGAUGUGUGGAAGCGGGAGGAUGUGAAAUGGCUGGAGGUUGUCGAUCAGAGCGUGAACAGUAAAAUCCUUUUGACAACAAGGCAUGCUGAUGUCAUGGUGGACAAGGUCAAGGAGUACCCGUACUACGUGCGAAUGCUGGAUAGCAAACAUUCCUUCCAGCUGUUCUGUCAGCAUGCAUUUGACGGAGGCAUAGAUGCUGCACCGACAGAAGUGCACAAAAUUGCACGCAAGGUUGCAGAUAGCUGCUGCGGUCUUCCCAUCGCGCUAAAAAUAGCAGGCUCAAGGUUCCGUAGUGCAACAGUGGAAAAAUGGAAGGAUGCUCGGCGCAGGAUGCAGAGAGGGCUUGAUCCUGUGCGCGCAGAGGUCCAAGAUCCCAGGAUUACGGAAAAGGAUGCUCGUGAGCGUGUCCGUGACAGCAUCAAUGCACUGGACGAGGUUGAUAAGCGCCUCCGAGGUCUGCUGUAUGACUUUGUCUUUUUCAAAGAAGACAAAUGGGUUCCCCUCAACCAUAUCGUCGAGAUUUGGGCAGCCAAUCUUGAGAUCGGUGACAAGGUUACGGCCUUCACCCUUCUGAGCUUCCUGAUUGGGCGAUGUCUGGUAGAUUGGCAUCCGACGGCAUACGACCUCCGUGACAAGAUUGCGUGCAACAUGUAUGGCGCCCUGAUGAAGCAUGUGUCACAUGGCUUCUGUGGGCUGCAUGAUGUCGUUUGGGAAGUCAUUGAAGAGGAUGUAGAUGCUUUGCAAGAAGAUGAUGGGGACCACGCACGGAUCAUUAUCAAUUGGCAUCGUCAUCAAUUGGGAUCGUCAGUUCGAAGGCUUGGGGGUAGGUCGGUAAAGCGCCUGUUAGUGCACAGCAUGCCAGUGUCCGUGCAGAACUGCGCUGUGAGUCAGCUAUUGAAGGGAAAGCCUGCUCUUCAGCUGAGCAAAAUGGAGGUGCUCCACUUGAAAGGGUCGUUGGAUGGAGAAGUGGGGGCGCAUGGGUGUAUGUUGGGGGGAAAUGGAGAUUCGCGUCCUCUGAAGUGGUUGCGUUCAAUCCUACCCAGAACCGGUCUCUCUGAAGGAAAGCUGAACCACCAUGCUCUCCGGGUUUUGGAUUUGCAGUAUUUGUGGAAAAUUCCCGAAGACUUCUCCGCUUUCCCCAAUCUUGUAGUGUUCAAAGUCAGGAGCUUUGAUCAUUGCAGCACCGACGACGACUUCAGCCUCCCGGUCGUCUACCAGCCUUUGCCAGUCAACAUUGGGCUUGCUUCUCAGUUGCAAGUGGUGGAGGUCUUGGGGUUUGUUCUCAAAAUCGGUAUCCCUAUCUCUAUCCUAGGGCUGAGGCAUCUGCGUGAGCUUCGCUUGAACUCUAUGCACACUCCCCGGAUACCGAAGGAGGAGCUGGAGACGGACAAGUUAAUCAGUGGCUACAUGCCCUUUGACGAGUUUACAAGACGUGUGCUGACAAACUUCAAGCACAUCGAAGAAGUGUGGCUACCCUAUCGAUCACCCGUCAAGGCUCUGGGGGACAUGCUGCCCUCCAACCGCAGGGCCAUUAAUGGAAUGGCAAGUCAGCGUGGUCUCUAUCCACAUUGUCAUGAUCUUUUCACGCCUAGCUCGUGUGACAGCAAUCUGCUGAUUCAUCGAAUAGAAAACCAGCCUUACCAGUGGGCCUCCCCAGAAGGACUUCGCUUGAAGGUGCUGUCCGUAUGGACAGAAUCCUUGUCAAACUUUUGUUCCUGGGACCUCCUUGACACUUUUGCAAACCUUGAAGUCCUGACUCUCCAGGUCCACGAUGCUGAUGCCAUUCGGCUGUCCGAAGACAUCAGCCAUCUCCGCAAUCUUCGUCAUCUCGUCAUCAUUAUCGAUCAAGGGAGCAGCCAGAAAACCGACCUGGGAGUGGCUGAAAACCCUCAGGCAUUCCCUUCUCUGGAGGUUCUGAAGAUUUGGACCAAGCAGCCCAUCCCGGUCCCCGAGUAUCGGGCCAAUGCCUUCCCAAAGCUGCACACGAUGGUCAUCAGCAAACUGUGGUUGGAUGACACCUUUGAGAUGCUUCACAUAUGGCCAUCAUUAUGCCAUGUGGUGGUACAUGACGGCUACCACAGCGAUGAGAGGUGGAGGCACCCCCGAUUGCGAAGGCAGGAGCUCAAGAUCACAAUCAACAGUUGGGGACUCCCUGCUGCAGUGCCCACCAAGGUGAUGAAGAUGGCUGCCACCAUAGCCAGGUCAUGCAUAUGGGGAGCGGCGGACCCAAGGAGUCAUCGACAUGAACGGUAUAUGGAUGCGAUGACAGAAGAUGGCGGAGCUAUGAGAGCUGAGAAUGUGAUAGCGCAGGCAGGCAAAAGUUUCAACCUGUCCGCGAUUUCGCCGCCAUUCUUCGUCGGGUUCGAGGGUUGUUGAUUAUGGGGUAAGGUCCCAGCGACUUUGGCAUUACACGUUUUGGAAAGGUCAACCUGUCGGCGAUUUUGCCUCGAAUCUUCUUCCCGUUCUUUUUUUUUUUCGGUAAAUUGUGCAGGCUGGUCUUCUCCUCGUAUGGGGGGCAGCGGCAUUUUUACUACUAUGCUAUUAUCUUCUCUCAUAAUUGUACCUCACAUUACCUACCCUUGGCAGGCAAGAGAGCAUCCCCUCCCCCCUUUCCCCCUCCCCCCACAGACAAGCCCGGAACUUAAUUUAUCCAAAGAUAGGCAACCUGGCCGCAACCAUACUGUAUACCCCAUACCAGCAAGAAGGUCCAAGGUCUAGGGGCCAGGAGAGGGUCAUGGUUUUUAACUACGGAAGGGAAGACCAACUGUACUACCCCCUAAGUCUACUGCUAAGAAGUACAAGAACCAGCCUUCAAUGUAGUAAUCAGGCUUAAGCUGUCCUACGGUUAUGGGUCUACGCCUACCUAACUCAGUUCUGUGCGGGAUAGCACCCAAGNUAGUAAUCAGGCUUAAGCUGUCCUACGGUUAUGGGUCUACGCCUACCUAACUCAGUUCUGUGCGGGGUAGCAGCACCCAAGCUUCGAACACCUGGGGCAGGCUGGAAAGUCGGACGUCGACUUCGACAACCAGCCACAGUAGGGACAAGCCGACUUUCUCAGCCGGUGAACCUCAAGCCUGAAGCAUGCAACACAGGGGCCUGUGGGGAAUCGAAUGGAUGAUGUAGAGAAUCGAACCCAUGACCUCCUGCGUACCACUUACGUGCUCAACCAGUCCAGAGUGUGUUGUGGGUACUUCGCCAGCAUUGAGUGUUUUUGAAAAGUCAACUCAGUUGGCAGUCGGCGGCCCUCUCUGCCAUUCUUUGCGUGGUUCUGCAGGCCGUAUACUGUGCUUUUCUUUGGUGCAUGAUCACGCGAAUAAUGAGGGUAACGAGGUCUGCCCACUUCGGCGGCAUUAUACGUUUUUGUCCCUACCUUCUUCCCCCGAAUACAACUUACGGUCAUUAAAGCUGUAUUUGGGGUAUCUUGCAGUCUAAAUACAGCUAAAAUGACCGUACGUUCUGUUUGGGGGAAGAAGGUAGUCUUCGAUCUUCCCUGGUAUGCGUCUUGCGGCGUAGUUUAGGGGUAUACAGUACUACCCCUCUAGUCUAGUAAUAAGCAUGGUGGGAGUUGGGUGUAGACAGUACUACCUAGCACUGCCCUUUCAUACUAACUAGUGAUAGCUUAUAAGCAUGGAAUGGGAAAGAUCCAGUACCUUCUGAGAGGGUACUCACGCGCUGGACUGUAUGGAUGCAUCUCUGAGCACAAUUGCACCACACCCUGGACGUAUCUGACCACAAUUGCGUCCAGGGGUGCAUAGAAAAGACCCAGUGAGAGUAUGCGCCAAGUAUUGCAGCUUCUGAGUAUUGAAGCUAAUCAAGCGUGUCCCUGCACUUUGUACUGCUAAUCAUAAAUUAUCGGUACUAAAUGAAUGGUGCUGUUAAUGCGGUCACAUACAUUGAACAUAGGGCUGGUGUGAGUAGGCCCUAAACUGUUCACAAAGUUCUGAGGAUUUAAGAGUAUGUGAGGCAGAAGUGACUGUGGGCUCCCGAGUAUUGUAUUAUCUGGUGUGCUUGAUUGAUUCUCUCUAGGGCUUUUGUUAUGUGAGAGUGCGAUACUCCAGUUUCAGCGUCAUCUAUAUGGUGCUCGAUGGACGUAGAAGCCUACUCUGUUUCCUCCGUGGCCCAUGAAAGGCUUGGAUGUAUAGGUGUUCGACAUUUGGCUCAGCAUUGAAAACUGCUUAGUGGUGGUCCCCACCUGCAACUAUGCAUUUGUUAGUUUAUGGUGGUCCCCACCUGCCAGUACUAAAGCUAUAGCUCUUCAGAGAAGACUUCCGCUCAGGGGAUGAAACAAACCGUUUCUUCUCCGCUGCAGUAGUGGGAACUGGUCAUUCACUGGAGAUCGGAGCUGUCGCUCACAUACAUUUUCGUAUACAUAUAUUUAUAUGUAUAUAUAUAUAUAUUUACCGGGCAGUUCUAUUUGUGACGAUAUAUCGUCAAAUAGAUAUAUAUAUCUCGUAGUUAUGUGACAAUAUAUAUAUGAGAGAGUAUACGCCAACCGGUCAACAGAUUGACAGGUCAUCAGGUGAAGACGAACACGUCAUUCCGGUGAGAGAGUUCAACAGGGAACCAGUCCACUGGUCAAGGUCAACAAGUCAAAAGGUCAACCAGUCAACAGAUCAACAGGUCAACAGGCCAGCAGAGCAAGAAGUUUGGCGCCCCACAGCUCAGCAGGUCAGCAGGUCAGCAGGUCAACAGGUCAACAGGUCAACAGGUGAACAGGUGAACAGGUCAACCGGUGAACAGGCCAAGAAGUUGUGAGCUCUGCAGGUCAACAAGGUGACAGGUCAACAGGUCAACAGGCCAAGAAGUUGUGAGCUCUACAGGUCAGCAGGUCAGCAGGUCAACAGGUAGACAGGCCAGCGGGAAAAGAGGUUGAGAUUCAACAAGUCCACAAGCCGUUAAGAAGUCAAAAAGUUGACCCGCCAUCAAGAAGUCAACAAGUGGACCGGACUUCAAGAAGUCAACAAGGGGAUCGGGCGUCAAGAAGUCAACAAGUGAACCGGGCUUCAAGAAGUCAACAAGUUGACCAGCCGUCAAGAAGUCGAAGGCGCUGAAUCAAGAAUUCAACCAGUU